UGUGACAGCGUUUGAAUACGACAAUACGGCUUAGAAUAUGUCUGUGACUAUGACUAUAUAAUGUAAACCUGCCUCCGCUUCUUCCUUUUUGCAUCGUUUGACAGAGCAGAAUGCCGCUCGCUAAAGAUUUAUUGCAUCCUUCCUUAGAAAAGGAACGAAGGAAAUGUAAGCUAAAAAGACUUGUACAGUCUCCAAACAGUUACUUUAUGGAUGUCAAAUGCCCAGGCUGUUAUAAAAUCACCACAGUAUUCAGUCAUGCUCAAACUGUUGUUUUAUGUGUUGGAUGUUCAACUGUAUUAUGUCAGCCCACAGGAGGCAAAGCCAGACUUACAGAAGGAUGUUCAUUCAGAAGAAAACAGUAUUAAACUAAUGGAGUGACUUGAACCUGUUUCUGUGGUUUAAAGUGAAAUAAAGAUUUCAAAUGCUGUA